AUGAUUGACUAUAUUGAAAACAAACUAUACUUCUUUGUCAAAUUUGAAGAUGACUUAAAUGAUUUUGUUAUAUCUGAUCAAAGUGCAUUAUAUGCUGCUAAUGUAUAUCAAAAAGAAAUGAAUAAAUGCCAAACAUCUCAAAUUGAAGAAAAUUCUCCUAAAAGAAUAAAAAAAAAUAUUACUAAAUAUUUUGAUCUAACAUUAACAUUAAUUUAUGAAAUUCCAGAUAACAAAGAGAUUAAUAUCACUAAUACAGAAAUUAUUGAGUCAGUAACUAAGUCAAUUAGAAUGGAUGCAUAUAGAUUAAUUUAA